AUCUGUUUUAAUACAGAAUGAGUGACACACAAGCUUCACAACAAGGAGCUGACAGCUCAGCAAGCACAUUUAUUUCUGCUUUAUGGUUCAAUGCUGCUUUAGGCGUUGGUUUUUUUAGCGCAUUUGUUCUUUUAAGAACUAGACGGCCUCAAACAUAUGCACCCAGAUCAUAUGCUAUCAGAAAAGAGAGACGACCUCCUCCUUUGCCUAACGGGUUUGGCAGGUGGAUAUUGGCGUUAUUCAAGAUAUCAGACGACGAUCUGAUUAAAUCAAUGGGUCUUGAUCGAUUCAUGGUACUCAAGUUUCUUAGAAUGGGUAUGGUUACCUUUUCCCUUUAUUCUUUAGUGGCCAUCCCUAUCUUGUUCCCAAUCAACACGAUCAAUCAAGGCGAUCUUUAUGGUCUCAACUACUUGACAAUGGGUAACGUGACUGACGAUAGUCGUACUUGGGCUCAUUGUUUACUGGCCUGUAUUUUGACUUGUUUGGUUUGGUACUACACUUUUCGCGAAACUAAGAUCUAUAUUCGAUUGAGAAGAAAAUUUUUACUGAGUCCCGAAUAUGCAAACACGAUUGCUGCCCGUACUGUCUUUGUUCCUUCAAUUCCUAAAAACAUCAACAAUAUUGAAGAUCUAGAGAAAAUCUUUAAUCGUUUCCCUGGUGGGGUAAAGCGAAUUUGGCUUAAUAGAAAAACAGACGAUCUUCCUGACCUUGUGCAAGAACGCCAAAAAUCGGCGCUUGGUUUAGAAGCAAGCAUCACUAAGGCUGUCUUGGCUACAUACAAACAUCGUCUCAAGUUGGAGUCAAAGAACAGAGUAAUGGAAGAAGGUUUAACAGAAUCUGAUAUUCCUAAACAACUUCGUCCCAAGCAUCGCGAUAGUCCUUUACCGAUCCCUUUGCCUUGUUUUGGAAAAAAAGUCGAUUCAAUCGAGUUUUACCAUAAAAAGAUCAGCGAGCUCAAUAAGACCUUGGGUGAGAAACAAAAUGACGCACCUACCCUGGAUCAAGUUAAUUCUGCUUUUAUUGAAUUCAAUGAACAAGUAGCUGCGCAUAUGGCUGCUCAAUCGUUACUCCACAAAAACCCAAUGAAAAUGGCUCCUCGUUAUGUUCAAGUCGCUCCCUCUGACAUCAUUUGGGAAAACACCAGUAUUCGUUCUCAUGAACGAAUGAUUCGUCGUUUCGUUAGUUUUGCUAUCACUACAGCUAUCAUUAUCUUUUGGGCUGCACCUGUUGUGUUUGUUCAAGCUAUUGCCAACAUCCAGACAUUAUCCAAAGCUUUCCCCUUCCUUGCAGGUAUUAACAACUUAGGCCCUACUGCUGUCGGUAUCAUUCAAGGUAUUCUUCCUGCUGUCGCCUUGUCUAUCUUGAUUUCUUUGGUACCUAUCAUUUUUACUAUCUUGUCAACCAAGGAAGGUAUUCCUCAACGAUCUUUUGUUGAACUUUCUUUGCUUCACAAGUUUUUCUUUUUCCAGUUGAUUGAUGUUGUCUUGAUCUCUACUGUUUCUGCUGGUGUGAUGACCAUGGCUGAACAACUCGCUAAUCUUGCACAAAAUCCUUUUGGUAUCAUCGACAUUCUUUCUGAAAACUUACCUAAGGCUUCUACUUUCUUUAUUACAUUUGUCAUGCUUCAGGCUACAAACCAAUCUGGCCAAACUAUUCUUCAAUUAGUGCCUUUCAUCUUAUCAUUCAUCAUGCCUAUUUUCAACACAACACCUCGCGAUAUUUACAACAGAAAAAAGACAUGUCCCAACAUCAACUUGGGUACUUUGAUUCCUAGUCAGACUGUGAUCUUCAUUCUCGGUCUUGAAUAUGGUGUUAUUUCUCCUUUGAUCUUGCCUUUUGUGUGUCUGUUCUUUAUUUUCCAAUACUUUGUGUAUCUCUACCAGUUCUUGUAUGUCUAUGAACUCUCGUAUGAGGCUGCUGGCCGUGCUUUCCCAAGAGCCAUUCGUCAUAUUUACAUUGGUUUAUUGCUUUCUCAAUUGACUUUGAUUGGUCUGUUUGCUAUUCGUAGCGGCGCUCGUGGUCAGAUGGCUUUGAUGAUUGUUGCUUUGAUAUUGACUUGCUUUGCCUUGUAUUACUAUGACCGUGCCUUCAAACCCCUAUUCAAAUACUUGCCUGUUUCUACCUUUGAAGAUGAAAAGAUUGAUCAUAAAAAACAUGAUGAUGUUCGACAUGAUGAUAAACUUCAGGUGGCUUCAGAUAAUGACGAUGAUGAGAGCGAUCAUAGUAAAGUAGCUGUACAGAGCAACACUAGUACCACCAGUGGACACAACUACAAAACCAGCAAGAUCAGUCCUUUGCUUACCAAUGAUACUUCUUUAUCUCAAGAUCAUGUACCUACAGAGGCCUAUCAAGCCCGUAAACAUUUGCUUAACUUGUUAUUUGAAGAACAAGGCAAAGACAAGGAAAUCGUUAAAAAGGACGCUAAACGUAUUGUCCAGAUUGCCAAGGAAUUGUAUGAAACAGAAGCCUAUAUGCAUCCUAGUACAUACGCUUCUGAGCCUGUGAUCUGGAUUCCUGAAGACGAAUAUGGUAUUGCACAAAACAAGAUCAAGGAGCUCAAGUCAGAUGAUAUUGAAGCUACCAGUCGAGGUGCUGUGAUUGUCCGUAAUCGAAAGAAUAAGCCUGUUGUUACGAUUGAUGAAGAAAGACUUAUUAUGAAUGAUGAAGGUGCUCCAGGUGCUGAUCCUUCUGCUGUCAAUUUGACUCAUGUGAAUGAUUAUAUUCGAGUAGUUGUAGAUAGUUUUAAUUUUGCUGAUGCUAUCACCAUGUUUUAGUUCGUACCUUUUUAAUAAUAACA